UGAUCCUCUGACAGCUGAAAAGAUUAAUAUACUAAAACUAAAAUCAAUGAAUCUUCCUUAUAAUUGGAGUAUUUCAUUAUAUAUAGUAAGUGGUUUGCAUAUAACCCCGCAUAUUCUUCUACCAUAUUGUUCUUAAAUCUUAAGUAGUGUCCAUAUUUAACAAACUUUUAAAAGUUCAGAACUACACACACAUCUCCAUUGCACCAUUUAUGCCUUCAUUUAUUCAUUGAUUCAUUGAUUCAUUCCUUCAUUUGUUAAAUGGGUCAUGUAAACACUGCUAACGGGAAACCAACGAGCUCACGUAUCCUACGAGAGCGACCAACACAGAAAACACUCACCAACAUAAAGAUCACCAUCUUAUGUGGUAUCAUAACCAUCCUUGUGCUAAGGGGAACUAUAGGAAUCGAAAAUCUCACCGGCUCUUCGUAUGAAGCCGAGAACAAAGCCCUCGUUGAGGAGACUAAUAGGCUCCUUGCUGAAAUCCGUUCAGACAUAGAUCAGUCUGAACCUGAUGUUCAGAAUGAGCCACCCUUCGACCCCAACGUAACAUACACGUUGGGGCCGAAGAUUGACUACUGGGAUACCCAGCGUCAGAUGUGGCUCCAGCAAAACCCGGACUUUCCUAGUACAAUACAUGGGAAAGGCCGGGUCUUGCUUGUGACGGGUUCACCUCCUAACCCUUGUGAUAACCCAAUUGGGGAUCACUAUUUGUUGAAGGGGGUGAAGAAUAAGAUUGAUUAUUGUAGGUUACAUGGGAUUGAGAUUAUGUAUAACAUGGCUCAUUUAGACAAGGAAAUGUCUGGUUAUUGGUCAAAGUUACCAUUGAUUAGGAAAUUAAUGCUUUCUCACCCUGAAGUUGAGUGGAUUUGGUGGUUAGAUAGUGAUGCACUUUUUACAGAUAUGGUGUUUGAGAUUCCUUUACAGAAGUAUCAAGAUCAUAACCUUGUAAUCCAUGGAUACCCUGAUUUGUUAUAUGAGCAGAAAUCAUGGAUUGCACUCAAUACAGGAAGUUUUCUACUUAGAAAUUGUCAAUGGUCAUUGGACUUGCUUGACAUUUGGGCACCUAUGGGUCCAAAGGGGCAGGUGAGGGAUGAAGCUGGGAAGCUCCUAACCGCGAAUUUGAAAGGAAGGCCAGCAUUCGAGGCAGAUGAUCAAUCCGCAUUGAUAUAUCUGUUGAUUUCCCAAAAGGAGAAGUGGAUGAAUAAGGUUUAUGUUGAAAACUCUUAUUACUUGCAUGGAUUUUGGUUGGGUUUAGUGGACAAGUAUGAAGAAAUGGCUGAAAAGUAUCAUCCUGGAUUAGGGGAUGAAAGGUGGCCUUUUGUGACUCAUUUUGUGGGGUGUAAACCUUGUGGUAGUUAUGGUGAUUACCCAGUUGAGAAGUGCUUGAAGAGUAUGGAAAGGGCGUUUAAUUUCGCCGAUAAUCAAGUUCUUAAGCUCUAUGGCUUUAGGCAUAGAGGCUUAUUGAGUCCUAACAUCAAGAGAUUAAGAAAUGAAACUGACAAACCUCUUAAAUUUGUGGAUGAGUUUGAUAUCCGAAGGCAUAUAGUCGUCGGUCCAUCAAAACACUAGUAAAUCCAAGUUUUGCUUAAUAGUUUUGCUGUAUAUUUCAUGUUAUGAUAGAUAUAUACAAUAUAUAUAUAUCUCUUGUGUAGUUGUGUCUGUAACUUAUACUACUUCAUAGAAAUUUUACACCCACCUCUAAGAGGUGAAUAGCAGUUUAAACAUCGAGAAAUUUUCUGUGUAUAUCAUACAAAUUAUAUGCCAUUGGAGAUUUCUAAUAUCAAACUGUGGAAUCAGUUAACUUGUCUCAA